CUUGUGCGAUGUGAGAUUUUGAGUUGCUUGAAGUAAAACAAAUUAUCAAAUUAUGUUGACGUAUCACCUGGUUUGGUACUAAUUGAAAAAGUAUCGUGGCGUGGUAUCUAUUAAAUUCAUUACUAGACGAUUACAAAAUGUUACAAUGAAUACAUCUGGCCUCAAUUAUCCAAAUAAAAUCAUGACUACAAAACCUCCAGGCCUCUUGUCACCAAACAUAAACAGGGCCAAUCCGCACCUGUCAAUAGCUCCAUCAGCUCCCGUACUUGCAGUAGGACCCAAGGACGCUCUCCAUGAGGUUAAAAUACAAAAUGUAGUUGCAACUGUUUCAGUUGCAUGCGAGCUAAAUUUACAGGACAUCAACUUCAGAACCCGAAAUUCCGAAUACAACCCAUCAAGAUUCCACGGUGUCGUCAUGCGUAUGAGAGAACCACGAUGUACGGCCUUGAUUUUUCGCACGGGAAAAAUCAUUUGCACUGGUGCUCGCAACGAAGCUCAAGCACAUUUAGGGGCUCGUAAGUUUGCUCGAAUACUGCAAAAACUUGGCUAUUUUGUGAAAUUCAAUGACUUCAAAAUGCAAAACAUUGUGGCGACUGUGGAUUUGCGGUUUCCUAUUCGUUUGGAGAACCUUAAUCAAGUACACGGUCAAUUUAGCUCUUACGAACCAGAACUAUUUCCUGGUUUAAUUUAUCGAAUGGUGAAGCCUCGGAUGGUACUUUUGAUAUUUGUGAAUGGAAAAAUAGUUUUCACAGGGGCAAAGGCAAAGAGAGAGAUUAUGGAAUGUCUUGAGAUAAUUUACCCUAUUUUACAAAGUUUUCGUAAAAACUAGAUUAGUUAUUGUUUUUUUUUUUUUUAAUUUAAGGAAAUUUUUUUCUGUAAUGUUGCAUUGUUUUUUUUUUAAUAAUAUCGAAGACAUUCUAAAAAAAAUAUAUCUUAUGAUGUAUUAGCUUUUAAUUGAUUUUGUGAUUUUAUUUUGCGUUCGUUACAAAACUAAUGUCGUUCUCCAUUUGCUUUGGAGAUUUUUGUGUAAAAUUUCUAGAUUUAUUCCUGACAAAUGGAAGAUGAAAUCUUUUUUUCAAAAUCUGGUUUAUAUAAAAAAACAACAACAAAAAAUGUCAAACAGAGGAGUGUACAUGCAUUGUGAAAUCGAAAUUCAAAUUUUUUAAUCUCGAUUCUAUUUUCAUAAGUCUAAAGUGGCAAAUAAUACAUAAAAUCUGAGAUUUUUCCGUUUUUUCCCCUAUUCACCCCCUAUUUCUGAGCUGUUAGUUUCAGAAAUCUGUCAAAUGGACGACGACAUGAGAUGGAAUAGUUGAGGCCGAUAUUAAAACAUUGUAAAGUGAUACUAAUGGGAUAAUGGGAAAAGAAUGUUUUAUAGAUCCAAAGGUGACAAAUAAACAAAGAGAGGCUUUCGGGGAAAUCAAGUAAUACAACAAAAGGAAAGGGCGUAGCAUUUAUAUCUGUUAUGAAAAUUGCUUUAGCAAAACCACCAACAGACCUAAAAAAGAAGGUUGCAAAGUCCUAAGUAUGCGGAAAUCUCUGCAAAAAAUUGACUUGAUGAAAGUGAAGCCACUGUUAGGAACUUUUAAAAUAAUACUACUUGCAUCCGCCGACAAAAUUCUUCACAUUUUGAAGAGCAGCUUUUUAGGAUGUACCUAAUUAAGGAGAAGUACCCAGCAUCACAGUCGAAGAAUUUUGUGUAGCGGUGAAAAACUCCAAGAAAGGAAAAACAAUUAGUUAAGAAGAAAAUCUGUAUUGCGUGUGUCGUUCAUCUUACGAUGCGAUAAAAACGGAUGGAAUCUAUAAAUAUGUUUUAGUAUAUCUCUUUCGACAAAGAUAUUUGCCAAUGUGAAUUUUGAACAUGAACGGGAACACGAAACUGUGUUCGAUCAAGCUGAUGUCACACACCAUGAAGACGGAUUUUAGAUGGCCUAAUGCGAAAAAUAAUGCAGCUGUUUGAUCUCUGAUGCACUGCGGGUUUGUUUAGAGCAAAUCAAGAACAGAUGCCAUACAGAGUUUAGGAAUUAAUGGGAAAACAGCGUUAUUCUUGAAGGUAGUUGAUUUCGAAACGGUAUUCGGUGGACAACCACAAGAUCUAACAUUUGUUUUCCAGCAAUAGCGGGGUGUUCGGGAAAUGUAGCCUCAGAUGAUUAUGGAUAUGUACAAGCGAGUAUUAACGGAGGUAAGUUACCCCGCAGGAGUCAUUGAAAAGCUCCUCCGCCUUGAGUCCAUCACAGGGGGUCUAUUACGUAAUACGAAACGAGCGGCAAGUAAACGAUAGUCACGACAAAGAGCGAUUAUGUAGAACGAGAAAGGCGUAUGGCCAAACUAAACCGAAAAAAAUAUUUUUUUGAGGUUCACAUGCAUUCUGACGGCAUCGGCAGAAGCAACAAUAUUGUUACAACUAAACGAAAACGAAAGUCAAAGAAAGGCAAAUGGCAGUCGUAAAGAUUAACGAGUAUCGUUGAGAUAAAACGAUUAUCGUAAUACGUAAUCGCGUCUGAACAAUAACGAAAUAGUUUCAACGAUAAUCGUUCAACAAAAUAGGGCCCCAGUCCUUGGCGUUCUGCUUGAAAGAAAAGUGACGGAUCCGCAAGUGAAUCAGUUAUUCUUUAGUUAUGAUGGAGUCAUCAUUAGUAAAAAUCCCACAUCCAUGAAAACUAGCACUUGAUAUAAGUAGGUAUUGUGGAGGGAAAUGGUUACCGUAUUAGCGCGAAAAAGAAAAUAUCUGGCUGACUAUUUUCUGACCCGGGAGACCCUAUUCCGGACAUUUACUUGAAUGAAGUAGUGCUUCCCAAUUGCAAAAAAUUCAAAUGUCUAAAGGCCCAACUAUAAUAGGCAUAUGCGCGCAUGGGCUUAUGUAAAAAUCGAACGAACUGCUUCGUCCUGUUUCUGAAAACAUGAGGAGUAGCCUCAUGUAAAAAAAAAACCCGUUGAAUUCACAAAAAUAUUUUUAAAACUGUUUUUAUUCAAUUCACAAUUCGUUUAUCACAUUUUUGUUAAGUAUUAAUUUAAUUUUUCCAUCCCCCUUGCAUCCAUGUUGUUUACAUUUUAUUCGGAGAAAUUUACUCAUGCCGUUAGGUUCAGAGCGCACGGCAUAUGCUUAACGAAAGUUUACGAAGCGCGCAUAUGCGCAUUAUGGCUAUCCCAUAAGAAUUGUGUAUGUUCGACAACUCACUCAUGCCAUUUUGACAUAAGCCCAUGCGCGCAUAUGCCUAUUAUAAAUGGCCUUAAGAUCUAUGAGUGAAGCAUUCUUAUGAAGAUCAACCAAUUCAUAAGUGUUGGGUGGAUGAAGUGUCCAGAGAACUCUGCCAUCUUCUAUGAUCGAAAAAUACCCCCUAAACUGAAAGGAAGCUCUAUACUGCAGUUGUUCAUCCAUCGAUAUCAAAGUGGAACAUCGCUUCAAGGGUCUAGAUGUUAGAAACUUUGCAAUGGCUAUUGAAUCUUAUUACACACACCGCCGCUGGUUGAGAAUCAAAGGUUGUAUUUUGUUUUCCUUUUAAAUCUGCAGAUAUACAAUCCUUUAAUUUUCAGGCAGCGACUUAAGUUGAGACCCAGAUAGUUUGCCUUUGCUAUUUCUUUUUCUAUAAGAUGUGAAAGCAACAAAGAGACGUCAAAAUGAGCCAGGAAAACUGAGUGCAAUUUGUCUUGCGACAAAUUGAUCUUGAUCUCGAAACAAAAAACAAGAAAAUGCCUCUAUUCUGCUUUCAACGAUAUGUAGAUUUAUAAUAAACAGAAAUUAAACAUACAUAAAUAAUAAUUAUUUUAAUAGUAUUUACAUUUUACAAAUCCAAAUUUCAUCAUAUAUUUACAUCAACAGGGUCGAAUCUUAACCAAUUUACACAACGAAAACAUAAUUGCCUAAUAAUUGUGCAGUGUUUAUUGUUUGUCGUGUGUUGUACGUCUA